AUGUUCCAAUUGUCGCAGCGCCAAUAUGGCCUGUCGCUCUACUGGCGAAGGCCAGAGACCGCACGAGCCGAGGCGCCGUGUGUUAAUUUCAAGCCAGUAUGGGGAGUCUCCCGGUUGACUCAAAUCUGCAGUGAGAAAAAGAUUGACAUGAUCGAAGACCGUCUUGGGGGUAUUGAACAAGCUCUUCGGCAGCUGGUGGCCUCAUCAAAGUCCCAUGAGACUUCAUCGAUCAAAAGGCAAUCAUCAUCUCAGGCGUCACCUCAAGGCAACUUUCGAAGACAGUCCCAAGGUACAGCGCAAGGGCACGAAAGCACUAAGGGGCCUGGGGUGGACUUUGAAGGAAGCUCUUCUUUGGCUACUCAUUCAGCCUAUGCGAGGAAGUUCCUCGAAUCUGCAGUCUCUCAUAGCACUCCUGAGCUAUUUUCCAGCCCAAAGAUCAGCGAGGCAUUAUCAUCCCUGAAACAAAUAGUUGAGAUGCAAGACAAAUGGCGCGGCAAGGAUACCCAGAGAGGCCAGUUCCCCAGUCAGAGUGACCGGCACGGUGCCCGCUGUGAUAUCCGCGAAUUGGAGAUGCCGCCUCUGCCAGUUGUUUUGAAUCUGUUAAAGAUCGUCAAGGAAACGCCUCCAGCUUCCUUUGGUGGCUACAUACCAUUCUUUACGGUCGAGUACUUCAUACAGGAAUGUCGCGCGGUCUAUUUCUGCACUGAUGAUUACUCAGACGCGACCUUUAUCACAGCAAACGCUGGGCUCUAUAACGUCUUUGUCGAGCUCGGGUUUUUUGAAAAGGAUCCUGUUCAAAAGGAAAAGUACCAGCACUAUUUGAGACUUUGCAAGUUUAAUUUGGAGGCAGCACUAGCGAAUUUGAAUAUUCUAAUGCCCGCAAAUUUCGAUUCCAUUGUCGCACUGACUGUUGGAGCAAUGCAUGGAAUUGAGAUCUCAAAGCCCUCGGUCAGCUGGACGCUUGCUUCCAUGGCCAUUCAAAUGUGUCAGACAUUGGGAUACCAUCGUCUCUCAUCUAUGGAACACGAUUCGCAAGAGGUGCAGGAGAAGAAGCAGACGGUCUUCUGGUCUGCGUUUACCAUCCUCAACUUGCUUUCCUUGCGCCUAGGUCGGGCCUCACCAGUCCCAGACUAUGACAUCGGAGUGCCGUCUCCACUUGAUACCUGCACGGGCAAAAAUGCAUGGAAGACCGUCUGUGCUCUGUGGACCAAGCAAUCCAUGAUCGAGGGCAAGAUAUACGCUUUGCUAUACAGCCCGGCGGCAUUGAAUCAACUCGAAAGUGAGCGAGUGGCUCAUGCCCGUCAGCUAGCUACCGAAUUACAGGAGGUUAUUUUUGAGCCUUUUGAGCAAAUCUUGGCCUCAAAUCUGUCCACACACAUGAGCGCCGUAGAUCUCAUGUAUCUCCGUUCCGACAAGGUCAGCCGCUUGGCAAUCUUGACUUUAAUUUACCGCGCCAUCCCCGCAUCGCCCGAGUCAGGGUCAUCUACCAUUUUUAUACCCGAGUGCAUUGAGACGGCACGUGCAUCCCUGGAGCAGCACCAGAUGUGCGUGAGUGAGUUACAGGAGGCAAGCGAGAUCAUCAGAUGCUCUUACAUGCAUUGGGCAAUCUUCUUCUCUCCCUUCGUCCCAUUCAUUGUCCUAUUCUGCCACGUGAUCGCAACCUCUGAUACCGAAGAUUUGACCCGACUCGAAGACUUCAUCGCCUCCCUACGCCCUCUCUGCGCAUUCUCUCAAUCAGUUGAUCGACUACAUAACCUCACCUCGGUCCUCGGAACCGUCGCCCGUCUUUACGUAGAAGCCAAAAGUCGAAGCCAGGCAGGCGAGGAUCAGACAUUAGCUUCUGUUGGACAGGAGUUUGAUGUCUAUCUGAGUGCGCUAGGCCUCGCGCCCGGGAAUUUCAUGCCAAAUGCCCAAGGAUAUUAUCAAACAGAUGUUCCGACCAUGUCAACUAACUUCUCGCAGGCCUCGUCGCAGGCAUUUGGUAUAUCUGCUCCUGGGGCUCAUUCACAGAACCAGGAUGUGUCUCCGACGGAAAUGUCACAGGCUGCACAAUUGAGCAACUGGUAUUCGGGAAAUCAGUAUAUGAUGGGCUUGCUGGAGGAAGAUCUGUUGCAGUUCCAACCGAAUGGACUAUAG